UAUGUUUAAAUCUCUUUGCCUUGACUAUUGCAGUGAUCCUUUCAUUAUAUUCGUUGUUACGACUGUGAUCGAUGAUGGAAUACGGAAAUGCUGAAUUUUUCUUCCUUUAGUGCGCGCAUCACUGUCUUUCUGUCCAAAGAUGUAACACUUAACACUGAAAACAAACCCUUUCUGACUAAACACAUCUUCAGCAAACCGUAAUUUCAUGGCCAUUUUGUUUAUCAUUAUUUCUAGAGAGAAGUGGAUAUGACAAAAUCUUAGUACAUGCAGAAGAUCAGGGUCAUAAUGUUCAAGUAAUAACGGAAUAAUAAAACACGAAAACACUCAGUCCGAGAUCCCCAUGAUCGUCCGGUGUGGGUUCGGCUGGCUGACGUUCAUUGCGGAGAUCUUACUGGCCGGUUCACUGGGUCUUAUCCUAUUCUGGGUCUUCAACUACCAUGGUGGGGUAGCAUGGUCUGGAGAUGGAUCCAGGCAAAUGAACCUUCAUUACGUUCUCAUGAUCGCUGGAUUCACUUUCAUGAAUGGACAUGCGAUGCUUGUGUACCGUUGCUUUCCUUGCUGCAAAAAGAUCUACAAUAAGAUUGUGCACGCUAUCCUCUUUGUCAUGUCUAUCGCCUGCAUUGCUAUUGGGAUGUAUGCCGCCAUCGAUGCCCACAAUGACGGUCCCAACCCGGUUCAUUUCUACAGCUUGCAUUCCUGGAUUGGCCUCGUGGCUUGCGGACUCUUUGCUUUACAAUUCAUUGUGGGUUUCUUCACUUUCUUGGUACUCCUUUGUUGUGAUACAGCUACAGCGAAAUUCCGGCAGACGAUGAUUCCAACUCACGUGACUUUCGGACUGGUGAUUUUUAGUGUUGCAGCAGCCGCUUCCCUCACCGGCCUCACGCAAUCUGCCCGCUAUAGACUCAGCGGCAAAGAUGGAAAACCCAACUACAAGGACUUUCCAGAACAGGGUAUCAUAGUUAAUGUUCUUGCGAUGUGUCUCAUUGCUUUGGCUAUCAUCUUACCUUACAUCAUUCGCAAUAGUAGCUACAGGCGAUACACUACUCUGACCAUCAACUGAGGAUAAAAAGACACUUAUAAAUAACAUCUUGUGCAUAUUUUUCUUUUAUAUACAUAUAUAUAUAUAUAUUAUAAGAAGAGGACAAGUGUGCGGAACUGUAGGAAUGGACUUCAGCUUGGACAAAAACGGCCAGCGCUUCGCCCAGUACCAUGAAGCCCGUCUGAAAUUCUAAUUACAGCAAUCAUUGAGACUAUACGAUUGUAAAGGUUCUGCACUAUCUAAGAACUAUGUGAACAAGGACACAACUAAAUAUACUCCGCAGAAAUCAUUUACCAUUAGUGAUGUUUUAGUUUCGGAGUUUAAAAUAUACAUUCAUUAAGUGAUUAAUACUAAUUUAUUUGGUUAAAUUUAAAAUAUAAUUUAAUUUUGAAAUUCCUGCUAUGGAAAUUCAUUUGGUUUUAAAGAUUUAGCAGUUGUUAAAAUGAAGUACAGUGAAGUGAUUGAAUGAUUAUAGCGGCUAUGGAAAGGGACUAGCUGCGUAUUUCGGACAGAAAGCCUGUUUCUCUAUUGAACGUUUUAAACUGAAUUGAUAUUAAAACAGAGAGUUUUUAUAAUGAGGUAAAAUUCAAGCAAUUGCAUGUUUCUUUUCCAUACAGUGUUUUUUUUUUUUUUUUUUUUUUUUUUUUUUGUGUGUGUGUGUGUGUGUGUGAUUGCUGAAAAUUUAUUGUUUUUAAACUAUUAAAAUAUUUUUGAAUUAAUUUAUUCUUUAUACGUGAAAGCGAAGCUAUUUUUAUUAUUUUAAUUAUUAAAUUCCCCUUUAAGUAGCUUUUACAGCAAAGUCUCAUUCUUAAUUUUUCCAAUUUCUUUGGAAAAUAGUAGAUUUCAUAUGUUUCAAAAAAAAAAAAAAAAAAA